CCCAGACCCAUUUCCCCUAAAUCAGUGGACCGCCUGGAUGUUCUGGCUGAGGACAGACUGGCGCUGCAGAAGCAGAGAGAGCAGAGCAGCUCCCGGAAGGUUUCAGUUUGAAGCAGAGACACAUCUGCAGAGAGGAGGACCGAUCAAAUCAUAAGGCUCAACAUGGCCAUGAGGACGUUUACCACGAUGAUAAUCAAAUAUUUUCAAGAAACACCUUUGACCCUCGGCCUGUCACGGUUGCUUCACUAUGCCAGCAUGGCCUUAAGGACAUUUACCAUGAUGAUGAUCAAAUACUUUCAAGAAACACUGUUAACCCUCGACCUGUCACGGAUGCUUCACUUUGCCAGUUUGACACGGCGCACAGACCUGAACUCCCUGGCUCUGAGGAAGUCAGGACCUCUGCUGAGAGGUCUCCAAUCCCUCAACAAGCUGUCAGAGAUGCUUCUCAGUAUGAACUCUGACAUCGUUCUUCCUGGAUGUCAGACAUUUGAUAACAUCAGACAAGAGAUCCAGGACAUGAAGCAGCACCUAGAAGAGUCAGAGCAGAUAGCUGUUGGAGAACUGCAGCCCCUUGAUGAGGAGAUUGAGAGUCUGACUGCAGAGCAAAGUUCUUUAGAGGAACAGAGGAAGAGGAGAGAAGGUGAACUAAAAGACUUGACACUCGAACUGGAAUCUCUCAGGUCUUCUUUGCAGAGUUACAAUGAAGCUCUGAGGACUGAGAAACGCAACCUGCAGUCUGCAGAAACAACUCUGUGCAACAUGAGACGGAAAAGAGAUGAAGCAGAGACAAUCAGAAAUGUUGGAGUUGGCUUGUUGCUUAUUCCAAUUGUGGGAUUGAUUCCUGGGGCAGUCAUGGCUAUUGUUGGUCAGAUUGAUGUAGACUCAGCCUCUAAACGGGUAGACAUAGCUCGCAGUGAGAUAGAGAGGUGUGAAUCUCAGAUAACGUCCUACUCCAAUCAAGUGUCCCGCUAUGAGGGACUCACCUCUCAAGCUCAGACCGACAUCCAAGAGGCCAAUAGGAGGAUUCGUGAAACUAGGCUCAAACUGCAAAGCGUGUCUGUGACGCGAUCAACUGUUGCAGACUUUCAGAGUAAAACUAGAAGAGCUGUCCAUCAACUGGGGCUGCUGUGUGGAGUGGGGAGUGUGGCAGAGCUGCAGACCCGCCGUCUGAUCCUUCUGGAGCCUGUGUUGAACGUGAUGGAGGAAAUGAUAGUAGCUCUGGGACUGGUGAACAGAGACGACCUGCUCCACUCUAAGAACAUGGAAAGGAUCAUGUGGGACAUGAGAAACAACCAAAUGAGGUUGAAGGAUAAAAUAGCUCUGUGUGGCAAUCAUUCAAAUGAAGAUUAUUACUGAAACACUUGAUACUUUCUUGAAAAAGGGGCUGAUUUGGUGGAUGAUGUUGGUACACACAGUGUUGCAGAGAUGCUAAACUGAAUGGAAGAAAUAGCAGCUACAGUGUGCUGAAAACCUACAGGAAACCACUGGCCUCCAUCAUAGCCAGCCAGGGUUACAUCACUAAGUAUUGAAGUGAACUUUUCUUAUCCUUUUCUGCUCCAUUAUACAAAUAAAUUCUUAAGAUAUUGUA